AUGGCAUCAGACGACCGAUCGGAAACACCACCCCCAGCCGAUGCGCAUGCGGAUACAGUCAUACAAGACCUUCCUCCUCAAGACGGCAGCUCAGACGGCGAGCGGGAUGAACGCACCACUCGAGAGAAACUGAAAAAAACAUCCAUCGCCGGACUAGCACAGUACUCCAAGGUGGGCAAGGCCACUGGAGACCAUCCUCUGGGCGAAGUCGCUAAUGCCGACACCGCUUCCGAUGCUCAACCCGAGAACGGACAGGCAAGAGGCCGACCCUCUAAGAAACGAUCCUUUGAUGACUUACAGAAUGAAGAGCCGGGAGUCGGUGUGGAGAACGGAGGACCUCCCUUGCCUAAGAAGGGCGCCCAGCACAAGAGAAUGCGAUCCCGAGAGAUAUCAGGACAUGAGGGAGAGGCUCAAGGUCUGGAUAUGAACGAAGAUAUGGCAAGUCCAGUGCAGGAAGAGCCUGGCGCAGAUGCACAGCAAUCUCCGGGCGGGCCUGGAGUAUUGGUUUCGGCGCCCUCAAAGGCAGAGAUGGAUGCCGCUGCUUCUGCCCCUACUUCAAAUGUGGAGGAUACAACAGCAGCUGACACAAUGCCGAAUGCCACUGUCAUAUCAGAUCCGCACGCCGCUGCAACGGCCACUGGAGCCGCUCCAUCUAAGGAGGAACCCAAAACACAGAUCCCAGCCUCGUCCGGCUUCGCCAACGCAUCAUCAGCUUCUCCGUUCGCAACCUUCAAGCCUCCCAAGUCGCCAGAAAAGAGUGCCGAGUCUCCAACACCACCGUCUAAUGGUACAACCUCGAUGUCCGCUUUCGCUUCUUCCGGCCUGUCAGCUUUCGCUUCAUCCGAGAAGUCUCCCUUUGGCACUGUGGGCUCCACUGCUAAGAAUAGUGGCGGCUUCGGUAGUGCGACGACAUCUACGGGCUUCGGAUCAUCCUCUGGUGGAUUUGCGGCUGCGUCACCCUUCGGAAGUAAACCAGCCUCAGGAUUUGGUGCAGGCGGUGGUUUUGGCUCGGCAGGUGGCUUUGGAGGCGGAAGUGGCUUUGGGGCUGCGUCGAAGCCGUUUGCUGGUGGUCUUUCCUCCUUCAGUAGCCCGUCGGGAGGAGGCGGGACGUUCGGCAAAGCCAAACCGUCUGGAUCAAAGAACCAUGAAGGUGAAGAUGACAAGGGGAGCGAUGAAGGUGGCGAUGAGGAGGAGGGUGCAUCACAAGCUGAAGGAGACCCCUCACAGGAUCCCCGGUUCCAUCAGCAAGAGCUUAACACGGGCGAAGAAGAGGAAGAAACAAUCUUUACCUGCACCGCCAAACUCUACCACUUUGAGAAGGAAUGGAAGGAAAGCGGCGUCGGCGACUUCAAAAUCAACAUCCGCUACGAAGCCAGAUCAACACCUGCUGAGUCGUCAACCGAAGAAGAUACGACAAAGAACAACGAGACUAACGAGCCAGAUCUCGAAGCAGGGCAAUCCGAGUCUUCUAGCAGACUCGAACGCAAGGCUCGUCUAAUCAUGCGAGCGAGGGGAACACAUCGGCUGGUGCUCAACACGCCAGUGUUCAAGGAGAUGAUCGUUGGCACGCCUGACGGCAAGGAACCAACAGGGAAGACCAUGCACCUGACCGGAUUGGAAGGGGGAAAACCUACUGGGUAUCAGAUGAAGGCAAGUUCCCCCGAGCCCCUACAAAGACUGCCACUUCGAGGCGCAUUGUCGUGA